AUGGAACAACUCUUCGGCGCUAAACCUUCAUCAAUCCCAAAAUUCACGUUUCCGGUCGCGCAAUUGAUUUCGAGCGAUCUAAAAGGGAGAGAAGCUUUAUGUCUGGCUACAUUAAGGUCGCUUCUCACGACUUAUAAAAUUCAUUUAACCAUAAACAGCGUGCUCGACUGCACGCCCUCUCUUUUCAUUGUUUGUUUUGAGAAACUGUGUGGAUAUGUACCCGACCUUACGCGUAAAGCGGGUUCUCAAGAAUCACGCCUAAGAAAUAUACGAAUUAUCUUGGGAAUAUUAGCGCACGAUGUGUUGCAAGCCGAUCUGUCGCAUAUUUCACCUGAGGGCCUAUGUAAUGGUGACAAAGAGUCAAUAAUGGCUUUGAUUGAGCUUUUUGCUGCUUUGCAAAAGAUUCCCGAGGACCAACGUAAGAAGAAUCGAAAAAAUAGCAGCAAAGAUACAAAAGCGCAACAUAUGGAACUUAAUGAUAAGGAGAAUAUUGGUCUAAAAAAUCGAGAUAUUUCUGUUCCUUCCGACUCUACACCAAGUGAAGAUGAUAUAGUUUCGAUCAAUUCGACAUCUACACAUAAAAUGGAUUUCGGACAUAGAAUCCAAGCCGAUAGGUAUCAACCACUGAUCGAAAAUAAACAAAGGCUGAAAAUGAAAUUUGAUUUCGGGUCGUUUAGUAAAUCAUCCGAUACACCCAAAGAUAGGCUAUCUGGCACAGGUAAUAGGACUGCUUCAGAGAAUAGCUCAAAGUCGCAUGUUAUUCAGAACAACUAUAAUAAAAGAAACCCAGAUGGUCAAAAUCUACAGACCGGUAUGCAAGAAAAUUUACAAAUUUCUAUUAGCAACAUCUCAUCCAUGGAAUUGAACGAAUUAUCUUUCGAUAGGUUACAGAAAUGUCGGGACAAACAUGGUGUGCCGCAUCAAAGGCAUGCACAAUCGCAAAACUACAAAAAUACACGGCAACAAAGUGAAACAGAAUCGUCAUCAGCUUCACAAAAUCCUCGCAAACGUGUAGCGGAUCCAUUUAAACUGUCUACUGAAACUUCCAAAAGAAUAAAAACGAAAUUAUCUCGUGAUUCUUUUGAGCGGUCGAGCAUACCACAAAAUCUUCGUAUCAAUCCUACAGACACUCCUUUUACUCGAGCGCUUAAAGAGCGACGUGCACGUCUCAUUAGAGAGAACGAUAUGUUAGCUUCGGAGGGUAAACAACGAAGCAUAUAUCUAAGUCGUAAAAUUUCCGAGGCUUCUAAAAGACUUGUAAAUAUUAAGUACGGAAUAUCUCUUGAAAAAAGAAAAGAUGAUUCAUCGAAGCGAGGAAAAUACGAUCAGCGCACCUUUGCUAGUCGAAAAAAGGCUGGUAUCCCGUCUGCAUCUUCGGACGCUACUGAUGACAAUUUAUCAGAAAGAAAUUAUCACGGAUCUGAAUUUUCAGCAGGUUCAAGUAAUCGUUUUGAGGAGGAUACACAACCUGACACGGAGGGUGCCUUACCUUUAUUAGCACGCUAUAUUGAGCAUGAGAUUCCCGGAAGUAAAUUCCCCGAAAGGUUCAAUAAUCGUAUUUGGAAGCAUGAAUUGGAAAGGUCGAAAAAAUCUAUUGAAAAAGAAAGAUGGCAAGAAGUUGUCAAUAAGGGCAAGGAAAAUAAAAUACAACGUGAUCACGAAGCGAGAGCUAUUAAAGUACUAGAGAAAAACUUUGAAAGUGAACGACGAUUAGCAAAAGAAAAAGAAGAUGCAGAUGCUCUUCGAGCGCAUCAAUAUGCUUGUAAAGAGCAGCAAAGACAAACCGCCAAGCUAAGGAAAAAACAACAAGAGGUUGAAAUAGACCUGUUGACUGAUUUGUAUAAGGAUUGUUAUAAAAAUCAAUCUUCAUCGUUACAACAAACAACGCGUGAUAACCUUAGAUUAAAUGAAAAUAAAGAAAAUCAAGGGAAAGAGGGUGUGAAUAGUUUUAUGAAGGAACAAAUCUUGAUGCUGGAAGCACAAUUAAAAGAACUAAAGAAUAAUCAGCAUAUUGCGGAUAAAGCCCAAACACAAGCUUUACGGCAAUUAGAAAGAGAACAAAAACGUGAAUUAUAUAAUAAAAUAGAUAAUCUUAGGGAACGAUUGAAAGGGGCAUACGAGAAAAACUUUGUUUGCUUGGAAGAUGAAGCCAAGCGUAUAAGGGAAGGAUUUCGAGUAUAA